GGCCCUGCGGUGGCGGCCGAGCCUUGUGCCGCCGCCAUAUUGUCUGUGUGAGGCCGGUGAGGCGGGUGGACGGCGGGGCGCCCGGCGGCUGCUCAGUGAAGAAGAAAAAAACAACAACCAUCCAGAUCCCCAUCUGAGGCAAUCCUGGGAUCGAUCCGGGAUCCGGAAGAGGCGUGAAGGCCAGAUCCGUAGACCAGCUCCACCUGCCAGCCUGUCCAACAUGUCGGGGCCUGUGCCAAGCAGGGCCAGAGUUUACACAGAUGUAAAUACACACAGACCACGGGAGUACUGGGAUUACGAGUCGCAUGUGGUGGAGUGGGGGAAUCAAGACGAUUAUCAGCUAGUUCGAAAGUUAGGCCGGGGCAAAUACAGCGAAGUCUUCGAAGCCAUCAACAUCACAAAUAAUGAAAAAGUAGUUGUUAAAAUUCUGAAGCCGGUGAAAAAGAAGAAAAUUAAACGAGAAAUAAAAAUCCUGGAGAACUUGCGAGGUGGCCCCAACAUCAUCACCCUUGCCGAUAUAGUAAAGGAUCCAGUGAAAUGUCGGCCAGCAAUCCAGCCUCUGAGCAGCCUUUAA